AUCGUGGGCCGAUAUUGUCAGGUGCAUCCGCGGGGAUCGCCGGAUCGGGCCACGAUCCCGGUUGGGAAUGGCCUAAACGAACGAACAAGGCCACUCGGCCCCAUCCGGCAUCCCCGACCCCCGAGCGUCUUCUUUCGUCUGCUCGCUCUGCGCUCGCAUCUACCAUGGAGACUAGGGUCUAGGGUUUAGUGCGCCGCUGCCUACAUCGCCGCCAUCCUCAACUUCCUACGGGAUCCUGACGAGGCGCCGUAUCAUCCUCAACGCCGCGAACCUCCGCUCCCACGUUAUCCUCACGCCCACCAGUAGCUCUCGGCCUCUACCUCGUUAAGGCUUGAUAUUUGACUGGGACACUGGGCAAAUUUUAACAAGUUUCAGCAAUGGGGUUUGAUAAUGAAUGCAUCUUGAGUAUUCAAUCCCUUCCUGGUGAAUAUUUCUGCCCUGUUUGCCGGACACUUGUAUAUCCGAAUGAGGCCCUACAAACUCAAUGCACACAUCUCUACUGCAAAUCCUGCUUGGCAUAUGUAGUGGCAACCACACAAGCUUGUCCUUAUGAUGGAUACCUUGUAACAGAAGCUGAUUCCAAGCCUCUUGUGGAAUCAAAUAAAACCCUUGCUGAGACUAUUGGCAAAGUCGCGGUCUAUUGCCUGUAUAAUAAGAGUGGAUGCCAAUGGCAUGGAGAGCUAUCUGCCUGUGUCACACAUGGUACUGCUUGUGCAUAUGGGAACUCUCCUGUUGUUUGCAAUCGUUGUGGGACACAAAUUGUGCAUCGUCAAGUGCAAGAACAUGCUCAAGUCUGCCAUGGCUUACAAUCUCAAACACAACAAGCUGAUGGUAGUCAGGUGCAGCUGGCAACGGCAACAACUCAGCCAGUCAUCCAAGAUUCAUCACUUGCCUCAGCUGGAUCUGCUGCAGCUGCAGCUACAACCCUAACAAAGCCAUCUUCAACUACAGCCACAGCUGUAACAGAUUCUGCAGCAGCAACAGGAGGGGCAGCUGGUGCAACCACAGCAGCUGUGCCUUCUUCAGCUUCAUCUAUUUCUGCUUCCCAAACUCCAACAGCUGAGCAGUGGUACCAGCAGCAGCAGCAGCUCCAAUACUCGCAAUACUACCAGCAGCAGCACCCUGGAUCCAACCCUUACAUGCAGCAACAUCAACAAUAUGACCAAUACCAGCAGGCAUAUCAGCAAUACAUGCAACCUCCAAUGCAAGUACCAUCCCAAAAUGUGGUGCAAGGAUCUGCACAACCUGCUUCUUAUGUUCAGCCUCAAGUUCAGUCCUCCCAGGUGAUGAUGCAAGCCCAAAGUCAGCCCCAGGUCCAUCCAUUGACGAGUCAGCCACAGCUUCAACAGCAUCCAGUUCAACCCCGACCCCAAAGUCACCCUCAUAUUUCCCAUGUUCAAGCACCUUCAGGUCAGUCGCAGCUUCAUCAACCAAUUCAGUCAGCCCAAGUUCCACAGGUCCAACCAAGUCAAGUUCCUCUCCAACCAUCUGGUCUCCAAGUACAAUCUGCAGCACAUCCAUCUGCUCCUACUCAAGUUGGUAAUCAGCAAUUUGCGACUCAAGCAAUGGCGUAUCAGGUCCAGCCACAUGUACAAGCUCAACCUCCGCAGCAGCAACAUAUUGUUGCACAUCAACAACAUCCACAUAUGCAAGCUUUACCCCUACAGCAAAAUAUUCAACCUAAGAUGCAGCUAAACUCUCAAGUUCAGCUACAGCCUCCACAUGUCCAGCAGCAAGCUUACCCACAAUCUCAGGUCUAUCCUCAACAGACACAUCAUAUGCACUCCCAGAAUACUACAUAUGCACAGCAGCAAACCCAAGGUGCUUUGAUGCAACCUGUACAUGUGUCCCACCAACAAACACAUGUUUCUCAUCAUCCUGCACCGAUGCGUCCUCCAUCGUCAGGCCAUCAGCCAGCUUUGCAGCAUCCUCAGGCCCAGGGAAUUCAACAUACAUCACAACAUGAAAAACAUAUUGGGUUUCAUGCUCAGUGGCCAACAAUGUAUUCCAACAUUCCUUCCCAAGCACCACCACAGGGAUUGUCUGUGCACUCAUCUGUUUCCUCACAAUCAGUUCAAUCAUACCAGCAAGGAAUGUCUUCAUCACAACAGAUGCAUUCCCAACCUGGUCAGCCAUAUACACAACAGCAUGUUACUGGCAAUACUGGACAACAUGUUCAAACUUCUGCUGGCAGACCUAUGGCCCAUCUUGCACCAACACAGCAAUUUCAGCAGCAACAUCCAGCAAUGCUUAGAACUGAGUCACCUGCUGCUGGGCACUCUAUUGGGCAGGGUCCUUUAGAUCUUGAAAAACAUACUUCAAAAUCAGGGAAGUUGGAUAAUGCAACUAUUGCUGCUGUCGGUGAAAAUAAAAAUAGUGGUCCUGAGUCAGUUGUCAUGAGACCUACAAAGUCACAAUUGGGUGAUGAAAACAUGAACAGCGAACACAAUGGUUUUGUUGGUGUUAGAAAAGAUGCAGUGCAAACUGGCAUUGUAUCACACAAUUUAGAUGGUUCAAUUAGGAGGGAUGGGAAUACUGACCAGGCAGGCAAUUCACAUGGCCCACUUGUGCAGGGAGGCAAAGAUCACAAGGCUUCAGAUGCAUCUACUGAUCAUGAGAAAGGACGACUGUUUCAACAGGCAUCACUGCAAAAUGCAGGGGCACCGGGCUCUUAUGUGCCCCCAGGUGUGGUACCACAUCCAUCUGGACCAGAUAAAAUGCUUCCUCAGCAUAUGACGAAUCAUGGUCAUAUGCAUGGUUUCUCUGAAAAUAUCCGUCCUCCGCUGCAACAACCAUAUGGUGUGUUUCAUUCUGGAACGAUAACAAGGCCAUUUGGAGAGAACCAGAUUCAGAUGCCAAUGCCACAGCCUGGGGGUAUCAGACCUGGUGAUGGUAUGAUUCGUCCUUGUUUGGUUGGCCCAUUACCUGGACAUCAUGGUGCAGUGUUGCCUUCUUUUGAUCUUGAACGUUUGGGUCAGCCACGUCCUCUUGGAAUGUUGAACAGCAAUGACUUUGGUGGUGAGGGGUUCAACGCUUCAGGGGGUGCAGCGUAUCCUGAAAGACAUGAUAAUACCGAAGACAGUCGGAAACAUUUUCCAGCACCAGCCCCUCUAGAUGAUCAGGGCUUGCGAAGGGACCCUAGACAUUUUGAGAGAGCUUUAGGUAGACCUGAUGGUUUCCUUGAUUCAGUACCUGGAAGGCCUCCAUUUGCAAACCACAGAAGUGCAGGUUUGCAUGAGGAUUUUCCAAGAAAGCAAAAUGCAACUGCCAGUCACCCUGACUUCCUGUCACAUGGAGCAGAAUUUGAUCAUCACAGGGCUAUUGGAAUGCCUAAUUUCAGAAAUCCAGGCCCAUUUGCUCAAGGGACAAGUGGCGGUCCUGGUGGCCCUCCUAAACACCAGCUUGGCUCUGGUAACCUUCCUGGGAAUUUACAUUCUUUUGAGGGUGACAUGCAUCCAGGUGACCCUCAUCUUGUCGCUGAAUAUGCUCAGCAUGGAUUUCCUAAAACUGCAGCACACUUUGGUUUGGGUGGAUUCUUGAGAAACGGGAAUUCUGGUUGGUGCCGAAUAUGCAUGUUUAACUGUGGGAGUGCAGAGAAUCUGGAUUUGCAUGUACAAACAAGGGAACAUCAGCAAUGUGCAAUGGACAUUGUCCUGAAAAUGAAGCAAGAUGUUGCAAAAAGGAAUUAUGGAGGGCCCAAGUCAUUCAACAACAAAAAGGUUUCUGGGAAGGGCCAUUUUCGUGGGAACAGGCGCUAGUGUUAACUGAUUAAAAUUGAUGUGGUUUUGAAGGUUGCUACUGGUGCUUAUGGAUGUGUCAAUGGCAAUCGAGAAUUGAGAUCUUUUCAGACAUUCUGUUCAUGCGGUUCAGCGUAUUUGAAGGGAAACUUGUAAUGGUCCCAAACUUUUGUUCCAUGUUGAUCUGCAGAGUUCACAUGGCUAUGUUUACUUCACGUAUUUUUGCCGAAGUUGUUCUGGGAUUGCUUAACAUGCUAAUAUCCUUCUUCUGUACGUGCUGAUUUAUAACUCCUGUUUCUUUCAACUAGGCUCAUGCUUUUUCUAAUGGCGACCUAAUAAUAGACCAUGCUGGAACUUUUACAAAGAGACUUGUAAUUGUGUCAUCAGACAUCCAUAACAUGGUAAAUUUUGUUGGAAUCUUUUGGUAGGGGGCUAAUGGAAACAUGUUGAAGUUACUUUCAGUGCCUGAAAAUUGUGCUAGUUUUGCAUAGUUUAAAUCCAAAAAAAUCUAAGGGUGCAUUGGACAAAUAGUUUUUUUUAUGUCACAGCCCAAUUUGCUUAAUCAUUUAUUUUAAUAAAAUUAUUGAAUACUGACUCUGUGAUAUGUCCCCAUUCAAAACAAGAAGGGCAAAAGUGCUGCAUUCCUGAAUAAACACAAGGGCUAGAGUUGUUGACAUGUCAUUGCAUGACAACAAAGCAAUCCAAAUCAACAAAAAUAAUCUCAUUGAAGCGGUUGCCUAUUUUGUGCCUUGAGGGAUGCAUUAGUGAUAAAGGGAGACUUGGAAGCCUGCAAGGAAACACAAAAGCAUGAAGAGGUUUGAGUUGGGAUAUGUACUUUGAGUGUUAGCAUGAGAUGGGAGGGAAUCGAUGGUAAACCUAAUUUAGAACCAAAACAUGAGUUGUGCUCAAAUAUAGAAGGAAAAGAAAGAUAUACUGGUUUUCAUAUGAAUACUGGUAUGUGCAUCAUAUACGCAGUAACGCAGAGCUUGUUGAUACCGAACUGGAGUUGUAUUAUUCACUUCUAGUUAGUUAUUCGAGAUAGUGAUGGUUUUAUUGUCAUAGGUUUGAUGUUCAGAAUAGGACAUCAUAGGAUUCUACAGGCUACAAGCACUAAAUAUUAUGGGUAAAAUACUUAGGUUUCCAAUUCACUGCUGCUGGACAGAUGUGAUUGUUUGCAUGUGACAUUUUGCUGAUGGUGGCCUUUCUCUAGAUGUCUGUUUUAAAUCAUCUGUCUUUGCUGUUUGUUUGCUAAACAGAAACUGCAAAGUGUAGGAUAAUUUCCAGCAGAGGGCUCCUGUCAUACUUGCAUGUUUCCCUAACGAUGGUAAGGAUGACAUGCUUUCAUAAUGCUGGUAAGGAAAAAUAGGUAUUGAGCUUUUAUUGCAAUGCACUUUGAACUUUUUGACAGAAGUUUUUCAUAUAUGUAUUAUGGCUAAAGUGCUGAAGCCAUUCUGUGGCCUGUCAAUUACUUGGACACUGAAGGUUCCAGUUUGUAUAAUUGUGAGGCCAUCAUGAACUGCUAUCUUUAUCUAAAAAAAUCAUGAGCUGCCAUGCUUUUGGCCGUAGGAAAAAAGAACUCACCAGGGUCGUAGGAAACAACGUAAGGACAUUUAUGUGUAAAGUAAUGGAUUGUGUAUAUAUAUGUUCCUUUGGGGUAAGGAGUGACAUUAUGGCAUGUUGGAUAACUUUCCAGCGCUUAGAUAGUUUGCCUGAAACAAAGCUGGUUGGGCAUCACAUAAAAUGUAUUUCUCCCAAUUCCCAAACGCAGGUUGCUUGGGGCUAGACUUGUUAUAUACAUUCUUCACCUUCUCAUGGAUUUUGUCCAAACUACUCAUAGGGUUAUCGUUGACAUGUGUAACUUCUUUGACAUACUAGUAUACUACUGCGAUUUUUUAUAGAACUAGGUAGAAAGGCUAUUUAUCAAGAUGAUAGUAUCAUUCAGAAGAACUUGGUGCUUUCAGCUCUACUACCCUUGACUGUAGCUGCUAUUAGUUUGGAUAUGACAAAUAUAUUAAAAGGGCUCCACCUUUUCCUUUUGCUGCAUGCACAAUUUGGUUCACUGGUAGUGGUUGCAAUUGAAUUGUCUACAGAUUUGUUCCCUCUUCAAAAUUAUUUGGCAUAGUUUGCUUUGCUCAAGAUGAUUAUACUGCCCCUGUUUUUUUCUGAUUGGAAUGGGCUUGGCUACCAUGAGUCCAUGAUGACUUAGGCCCUGUUUGGAAGCACCCAAUUUUUAAGAAACUGGUUUAUAGAAAUUGAGGUGGUUCCAAAUGUACCAGUUUAUGACUCAGUUUAUAGAAAUUAGAUUCUCAGUUUCUUAAAAACUAAGAAGGUGGCCUCUCCUAGCUAAAUGUUAAAAACUGGUUUUUUAAAAACUGGGUUGCUUCUUAACGAGUCUUGGCAAAUAUUAUGCCAAACUUUGGGUAGUGAUUUGUUAUACAGAACGGUGGGUGGAAAUGAAACAUAUCUGGCAGGUUCCACUCAGUUUCUGACCAGUUUUCGACCCAAAGACUGGUCUGGUAUUAAUUGCCUGAAGCUGAGGUAUAGACUAAAGUUAAAUACAUGCAUUUUUGUAGUAUAUAUACUAAGGAUCGGGCCAAAUUUUUUGUUCUCUUGAAUCCUGGGUUCCCUCCUAUUUAGGUUUGGAUUGUAGAAUCACUGGUGCUGGUGCCAUUUUUUGUUCUCUUGAAAUGUAUGUUGCAACGUUGUAUUACUGCACCAUAUCAGUCGGAUUGCUGUUACAGUAGUAACUUGCAGUACAGUAUGUUCAAUUCGCUAGUAAUUAGCAGCUAGGUGACAUUAUUUGCUGUUGGCAUAACGUGGAGGAUCUAUGUUUCUUUUGUCUCGUGUUUCUUUGGGAUUCUUAUAGAUGGUGGAUGUGCAUGGGUGCUGACUACUGUUUGAACGAACUGGCCACGCCUUGGCUCUCAUUUUCUGCCAGCAUCGGAUGUUUUUGACUGACCCCAGGGCACCUUAUAUCUAUUGUUGUGAGGGUUAAAUUGUAAAAUUUCUGGCCCGUGGUUCAUUCCUUACCAACUAAUGCACUCAGGUGUAAAAGAAAAUUCCUGUAAUGUAUACACAAACAUUUAUAUACAAUUUUGCACUGUAAAUAUACUAAUAUUAGUUUCAAUGGAGUGCACCCACAAAUUAAUGUACCUGCCCAUGUAAAUAAUUUAUUUUAUUCUUAAAACAUUUUAAUAGAAAUUUCAUUGUAAGAAACCGAUGUUAGAUUCAGCGGUUCAUGACUACUAACUAACCUACCCGCUGGUGUAUGUAAAUUGUUGUAAUACAUUCGUAAGGCAUAUGAAGUUUCUGCUAUUAUUUAAACAUUUCUAUUUGAAAAAAAUAUAAUGUGCAGCGUUUAGCUAUAUUUUUGAGUAAUUUCGAUGCAACGUGUUUUUUUAAUUUCCGAAACAGAUGAUGUUUACUAAAACAAAUUGGCAUAAUAAAAGUAAUUAGAUAUACUAAUGCUGAUAUUAUUUCUUUAAACCUAGUUAAAUUAUUCUAAAAUUAGAACGGCUUUAUUUUUGGGGCGGAGGAAUUCAUUGGUUCAUAUUGGGGAUUUUUAGGUAAAUGUGUCUAUUGGUAAAUUGGAGUUAAGUAACUUAAAUCUGUUGGCAACAUGGGCUUACAUAACUGAUUUUAUGACAGAUAAACCAAUCAAAAGUAAAAAGGAGAGGCGCGUGAAGCCUAACCUACGAAGGCUACGAGUAUGAAGUCGAUUAUCCAAUGAAGCCUCACUUACGAAAGCUAUGGGUGCAAAGUUACACAUCCUGUGAAGCCUUGACGAGAAGAAGAAUUGCUCCAAGCCCUUAAGAAGUCAAAGAACCUUCACUAGGUGCAUGUAUGUGCUCGUGAAGGCCAGUCGAUCAUGAGGACCCGUUAAUACCAUGGAAUUUGGAUGAACCAUUGUAUUUUAAGCCAAAAGGUGUUUGGUAGCCUUUAAAAACUCUGUAUAUAAUACUGUGGUAUUAUCGAUACUAUGGUUAUUUUGGGGUAUAGAAAACUUUGGUCCAGACCAAAGUUUCUUU